GUUGGAAAUACUGAAGUAUAUAUCCCACUACGUAUAACAUACAGAAGUGGGAAAGGAAACGAAACAAUAAUGGCAGCAGCGGGAUCAGAAGAAGAAGCAGCAGCAGCCGGCGGAAACGGCAAGCAGCGCCGCCGCCUGGAGAUGACGAGGGAAUGGACCAAAUGGGACGUCUUCGCGGUGGUGAACUGCUUGCCGCCGCAUUUGCUGACGUUAGUGGCGCCGUUUUACUUCAGCUGGGGUGCGUUUUGGUUUGCGAUUGUGUUCGCCAACACCACGGGGCUGCUGGGCAUCAACCUCUCUUACCACAGGCAUCUCUGCCACAAGAGUUUCAAGAUCCCCAAGUGGCUCGAGUAUUUCUUCGCUUAUUUAGGCCUCCACGCCCUCCAGGGGGAUCCGGGUUAUUGGGUUAGCACCCACAGAUUUCAUCAUCAACACAGUGACACAGAUCGAGAUCCACAUAGCCCUGCCGAAGGGUUUUGGUUCAGUCACUUGGGAUGGAUCUUCAACUCAACCUCCAUUAAAGGAAAGUGUGGAAGACGACAAAAUGUUGGUGAUUUGGAUAAUCAGGCCUUUUAUAGGUGGCUUCAUAAAACUUACUUUCUCCAUCCCAUAUCCCUUGGUGUUCUCCUCUACAAAUAUGGUGGACUUCCCUACCUGUUUUGGGGAAUGUUAUUUUCAGGGAUUUCGUGUUGUUCUUUGUCAUCACUUGACGUGGCUAGUGAACUCAGCUGCCCAUAUUUGGGGAACCCAACCUUGGAACACCAACGACUUGUCCAGAAACAAUUGGUGGGUGGCGAUGAUGACGUUUGGAGAGGGUUGGCACAACAAUCACCACGCUUUCAAUAGCUCGGCGAGGCAUGGACUCGAAUGGUGGCAGAUUGACGUGACUUGGUACGUGGUGAAGUUCCUUCAAGUGGUGGGCUUGGCUUCUGAUGUCAAGAUCCCAACUCCGCUCCAAAUGGAAAAGAUGGCUAUCAAAAAUCGUUAAUGAACCAGUGUCGUAAUGAAUAAGAAUAUUAUUUGCUUGUUGGAUUUGAAAAUUAGCGUUUUAAGUUUUAAAAAUUUUUGAAUUUAUGUUGGAUUUGUUGCAUUAUGGAUUUGUAAGAGUACACUGUUUGUCUAGUUUAUUUUUAUCAUAUAUUUAUGAUGGAUUUGUAUUACAUUUUG